UGUUUACACAGCUAGCUUCUAAUGCAUUUCUGCAUCUGCCCCGUGGAGCGGAACUGAACUGUGUCGGCUUGAGGAGAGGUUGGUUCCAGCUCUAGAUCUCCAGUCAGUAGCUAUCUUCCCCCCAGCCAGUCAGCCUGAAGUUGGACAUCAUCCCACCACCCCACAUCCACAACAUGAGCGGAAAACGGAAACUGAGUUUCAAGUGGUUUGGGAGUCUCUCUAACCUAUCCUUUCGGCGUGGAUCAUCGUCAGACAAAUCUCCCUCCAAGUCUGACGGGGGCAGAGCUCUGGAUGUGGUAUCCUCCCCCGACGCCGCGGAGACGUCUGUUGACGACAUGGAUAUGACUCGUCCGCGCACCUCCAGCUACGCCCGCUCCAGCGACAACUACACCCACAUGGGCACCUUGCCCCGCCUCCUCCUCAGGAAGAGAGACAAGAGUGGGAAUUCUGUGAAAGGAGGAACCAAGAAGGGGGCGGGGCUGGGCAGGAGUCAGAGCCAGCGGCCGGGAGGGGACCAUGUCUGUAGCUCUCCCCUUCUCACAGCUCUAUCUAGCAAGCCUGGCUCCAGACAGGACGAGCCUGGCACCAGACAAGACGAGCCUGGCGCCAGACAGGACGAGCCUGGCACACCUCUAUCCAGCCAGGCUGGUCCUGGUCCAAAGACCCAACAGGCCCAGGGGCUGCCUCCCAUCCCCAGAGGGGGAUCACUCAGUAGAAGUAAACACAAAGACCCACACGCUCACUGUGAGGAAGGAAAACCACAGACAAGUCAGCUAAUGUCAGCUCAGGCUGUGGGGUCUGCUUCCUCCUCUACCGCCUCGUCACUUGUCUGUGAAGACGUCCCUGAAGGAAACACAGUCACCACUGAUCAAGGUGUUCCAUCUCCAGAUACAGCAUCAACUGGUGGGGCCAGAAGGAAUCUUCCUUCUGUUCCUGGUCAGUCAGUUUCCAUGUCCUCACAGAGCCAGGUGAACAUUCAGACAGAAGAGCCAUCUUCAACCCCUAAGGUUCCUAAGAAAUCCCUGCCUGGGACCCAGGUCACCCAGCAUUGUGAGGAGGGCUUCCCCUGGGAGAGAGCUGAUAACCUAGGGACAGACAGUAACUCCAGCUUCCUGCCUGAGAUGGCCUCCUGUGGUUCUAGUGGAAGAGACCUUCAGAGGGAAACUCAUCCUGGUGAACCUGUGAACAGCCACAUGGACCCAACAGACAGCCAGGGUGAAUAUGUCAAGUUCUCCAAGGAGAGGUACCUGCUGGAGUCUGCACCAGAGAAACUACACACGGAGCUGGAGGAGGAGCUGAAACUCUGCAGCAGCGAUAUCAGGAGCCAUGGCUGGUACCAUGGACACAUCCCACGAGAGGUGUCGGAGACGGUGGUGCUGCGAAACGGUGACUUCCUGAUCCGUGAUUCGCUGAUAAACGUGGGCGACUAUGUCCUGACGACCAGGUGGAACUAUGAGGUUCUGCACUUCAAGAUCACCAAGGUCCUGGUCAGGUCCAGCACUGAGUCUAAGGUCCAGUACCUGUUAGAGAAAGACAGUUUCGACUCCAUACCUGAGCUGAUGAGGUACUACGUGGCCGGACGGCGACCUGUCUCCCAGCCCAGCGGAGCCCUGAUCUACUGUCCAAUCAUACGCACCCUCCCCUUGCGUUACCUGGAAGCAACGUUUGCCUUAGCCAAUAGCAGACAUGGCCUAGCCCACUCACCAUCCAGUCAGAAAGGAGCGUACAUUAAGAGGCGGAGCGUGACCAUGAACGACGGAUUGACCACGGACAAGCUGAUUCCUCACAGUGACGUGGAGUCCAUCAGUCCAGGGGAACCACCAGUUCCCCCAGUCCAAGUACCUGCAUCAAUACCAGUAGCAGUACCAGUUGUUCCAAAGCCAGAAGUGGAGGCUGCUGUCGUGGGGUGCAGGUGCUCCUCUACUAUUCACAAAGACGCCAUGACGAACUGUGCUCUGAGUAUGGACCUCAUCCAGGAGUAUCGCCGUCCUCCUUUAGGGGAGACACCUCUCUCCCCAGCCUACAGCCACAUCCACAGACACAGAACCCAGUCAGGGGUUAGAGUUCUGGCCGUGGUGCCCCCCUCUCCAGUCCUGAGACACUCCAGCGACCCCCAGCUCAGCCCAGGCUCCAACAACAACCUACCAGACAUGCUAGCAGUCAGCUCCCACUCCACCCCGGGCCCCUGCUCCUACGAAACCCCAGCAGAUGGCUCCGAGACGGGGGGCAGCUACUGCGCCUUACGGCCCACCCCGGCCCUCUGUCCUAAGGCUCCCUGUGCCGCCGGCAUGCACCCCACACCUCCCACUAAGAGCUACGUGGAGAGGCUGCGUGUGGAGGAGGGCCAUGGGCCUGCCCCAGGGAGGGAGAAUGGGGCUGGAGAAGAUGUGUUCAUCGCCCCCCUAGUGGAGACAGCCUCCUCCUUCAGACCAGGGAAGUACCUCUCACCACUGAUGCCCCAGGAGAACAAGCCCUUAGAGAUGAGCAUUCUGAAGAGGGUUAAAGAGCUUCUGGCGGAGGUGGACGUUAGGACAGCUGCUAAACACAUCACCAUGGCUGACUGCACGGUUGCUAGGAUACUGGGUGUUACCGAGGAGAUGCAGAGGAUGAUGGGAGUGGGCUCGGGACUGGAGUUGUUGACUCUUCCUCACGGACACCAGCUGAGACUGGACCUACUGGAGCGGUUCUAUACUAUGUCUAUAAUGACAGCUGUGGACCUGCUGGGCUGUACCGGCAGUAAAGAGGAGAGGGCUGCUCUGCUCCAUAAGACAAUCCAGCUGGCUGCUGAACUCAAGAGCAACCUGGGGAACAUGUUUGGCUUCGCCGCUGUGAUGAGAGCACUGGAGCUACCACAGGUAUGGACCAACCAUUGUGUUACUGUGUGCGUUGUGUGUUUGACAUGCACAGGACACUGGUAUGUGUGUUUCUCUCACUGUGUCAGUGUGUCUCUCUCUCUUUGUGUUCCAGAGAGCACUGUGCUGUCCAACACCUCCUUCCCUCAUGUGGUUCCUCUGCUGUCUCUGCUGGAGAGGAGUGUGGUCGUGGGGGAGGGACAAGGGGCGGGGAUGGAAUCCAGGGAGAAAGUGGAGGCGGGGGUUGACGUGGUGAUGUCACACCUGGAGGCGGCCCGGACCAUCGCUCACCAUGGGGGGCUGUAUCGCACCAACGCUGAGACCAAACUACAGGGCUUCCAGGAGAGGGAGGAGGUUCUGGAGAUCUUCCGGACAGAGUUCCAGAUGAGGUUGCUAUGGGGAAGUCGGGGGUCGGAGGGCAGCCAAUCAGAGCGCUAUGAGAAGUUUGACAAAGUUCUGACUGCUCUGUCUCACAAGCUGGAACCUCUUGUACGCCACAGUGAACUAUAGCACCCAUCUCACCGAACACCCCUAUACACAGCACUCACAGUGGUAUGGCCCGUCUCCCCACACUGCUGCUGGAUGAUUCCAAUGUGAGGGGAGGAAGCAGCUAACAGAGACAAGAGAAUAGACUGAGAGAAGAUGAGGGUACGCUAGGAGAGAAGGAGCGUCUCGCUGUAUAUCCCCAUAAAAGUCAUAAAGGGCUUUUUCAGAGCUCUUAAACUGCGUGGGAUGUUACAUAUUCUGCCUAUCUUCGAAGUACAGAUAAUUGUAUGGUGUGCGCUUAGGGUCAAACAACACAGGGGAGGGAGUAUAGGGAAGACAAAGCUCUGGUUUGUCUAAAACCUCCCUCACUAGUACUGUCACACUCUGUAAUAUCACCAACUUAAAGAGACAGUCAUAUUUAAAACAAUGUUUGUGCUCUUCAGGACACCUGUAUAAAAUAUAUACAACUAUCUAUCUCUAUGACCUGUGUCACCAGACCUCAGCUUCAGACUGAGUGUGUUCUGAAAUCUGUUGUUCUUGUAUAGACUCUCUGCAUGUCUGCCCUUCAUUCCAUGUUCCAUCACGUCCCCUGCUGAUGACACCUGCAGUGUGCUCAUACAGCUGGUCUCUUAUCUAUCUGUUUUGAACAAGUCAUAAUAUAUGUUAUGUUUCCAAAUCACAUCAGCUGUCUGAGGCGUACUGUGCUCUGCCUAAAAGCAUUUUCUCUCUGUGGACUUUGUGUGCUGUUCAGUGGCAGUUGUCUUAUAUGAGGGCUUUUCUGAGAAGCAUUCACCCUCCCUCUUCUUGUCUCCGCUUCUGGCAUGUCAUAAAUGUUUCUCAAAUCAAAACAAAAUCAAAUUGUAUUGGUCACAUGCACAUAUUGGGCAGAUGUUAUUGCGGGUGUAGUGAAAUUCUUCUGGCAUGUCAAUAAUGUUUCUGACAUGUCAAUAAUGUUUCUGACAUGUCAUUAAUGUUUCUGACAUGUCAUUAAUGUUUCUGGCAUGUCAUUAAUGUUUCUGGCAUGUCAUUAAUGUUUCUGACAUGUCAUUAAUGUUUCUGACAUGUCAUUAAUGUUUCUGACAUGUCAUUAAUGUUUCUGGCAUGUCAUUAAUGUUUCUGGCAUGUCAUUAAUGUUUCUGGCAUGUCAUUAAUGUUUCUGGCAUGUCAAUAAUGUUUCUGGCAUGUCAAUAAUGUUUCUGACAUGUCAUUAAUGUUUCUGGCAUGUCAUUAAUGUUUCUGGCAUGUCAUUAAUGUUUCUGGCAUGUCAUUAAUGUUUCUGGCAUGUCAAUAAUGUUUCUGACAUGUCAUUAAUGUUUCUGACAUGUCAUUAAUGUUUCUGGCAUGUCAUUAAUGUUUCUGACAUGUCAUUAAUGUUUCUGACAUGUCAUUAAUGUUUCUGACAUGUCAAUAAUGUUUCUGGCAUGUCAUUAAUAUUUCCUGAUGACUCCUGUCCCAUUUACAUCAUAUGAGCAUGUUUUUUCUGCACUUGUCAUACACACAAUUAAAAAUACCCAUAAUGCACUCUCACCUGUUUGUGUGAACUAUCGUACACAUGUGUUAUAAUGUAAAACACUGACUGUGCUGUUCUCUUGACCGUUACAUAUAUUUUUUUGAAAGGCGGGGCCAUUCCAAAUACUGAGUGAUAAUUUUUUUUCUCCUUCCUGACAAUUACCAUGACAAUUGUCAUGGUAACAUAUUUGACAGACUUUGUUGACAUGGUAACGUAACAUGCUAGAGCCUCUGCUGUUCCCAUACGAUUCAGGUUUAACCGGCGUGAAUGAAUGUGCUUUGGUCUGAAAGCGAUCCAGAACGUUCUCAGGGCAGAAUGGAGC